GCGGCGCGGCGCAUCGCGUUGGUUGCGAAGGCGUGCUGACAAUCGGGACACACAGCCAUACGCCCACAGUCCUUGCGUUUCCCCUUGCUGCUCUUUGAUGCAAACCCACACGCGCGCACGUACACUUGUACGGCAAUCCCGUGUUGGCUCGUGCAGGUUCCGCUCCGUUGUGAACGAGCUGUUGGCGGAGAAGGCGCUGGCGGGCCAGGAGGGCGCGGUGGAGGCACUGGCGGGCGCCGCCGCGCAGCAGCAGCUGCGGCAGGCGGCCCUGGCCUACGUGCUGCUGCUGCACGGCGGCGGCGACGCAUGCCCGCUGCCGCCGCAGGCGGCACCGCAGGCGGCGGCGGCGCCACCGCAGGUGGCGGCGCCGACGGCGCCUACAGCGGCGCCAGCCGCGGCGGCCGCGGCCGCAGCCGGCACGGCUGUGUCGGGGGCGAGGCGGGGGCUGCUAGUGGAGCAGGACUGGCCGAGUGAGGAGACGGAUGAGGAGCCGGACCGGGAGCCAGCGGCGCCGCCGGCACUGGCGACCACGUCUCGGCUGCAGGAGCUGGCGGAGUGGGCUCUGGCGGACAAGACAGGCGUGCGGGUCCGCUUCAACGCCUGCCAGGCCCUGCACGAGCUGCAGCGCCUGGGGCUGGUGGUGCGCGUGUCGCCGCCGCCACCGCCUCCAUACGCUCCUCACUCCCACACCCACACACACGGACACGGUCACGAGCACGGCCGCGGCGCCGCCGACGGCAAUGGCUGUGGCGCCGGCGCCGGCUGCAGCGCCGACGUCCUUGACGUCACAACCACCGCCGCGGCUGGGGCUCUGCUUGCGCCGUCGUUGGCUCCAUCUUCUUCGUCCUCGUAUGAUGGCGAGGCGGCUCCCGGCGAGCCGCAGCAGCAACAGCAACAGCAGCAGCAGGGGCAGGCCGGCCGCGCGCCUGCUGCCGGCUGGUGCGGCUGCGAGGACCCGCUGCUGGGAUGCGACGGCGCGGACGGCUGCGGCUGCGCGGACGUGUGGUGGGCAGCGGUGCCGCUGCGUGACGCGGUGGCGGUGGUGGAGGACCACUGGCAGGGGCUGCUGUGGUCGCAGGUGGGCACCAUCCUGCGCCGCCAGGACCGCACGCAGUAGCAGUGGCGGGGGCGGCAGAAGCAGCAGCGGGGGCGUUAGGAGCAGUAGCGGGAGUAGCGGUAGCAGUGGCGGUGGCGGUAGCAGCAGUGGUGGCAGGAACGGCUGCGGACGUGAGUGCGGGUACAGGUGCCAGUGCGGGCGCAAUAGCGGUCGCAGAUGCAGACGCGUGAGGCUUUGAAGUGGUCCCGAAGGCAAAGGCAGUCAUCGAUUGAUGAACUGUGAUAGCGCUUGUUGGUUAUGGUUCGGUGCUGGUUGUGUAUAGCUCAGGUAGAUUAGCAGUCGGCAGACAGGUGGGCAGGAUGGUAGCAGCAGUAGCAGUAGAGCAGAACUCACGGACUUGGCCACGCCACAUGCGUGGAGCGGUGACGCCGGUGAGUAGCACAGUGUAGCAGUGCUUGGUGUGUGUGUGUGUGUGUGUGUGUGUGUGUGUGUGUGUGUGUGUGCGUGCGUGUUGGCAGGAUGAGGCCGUGCAAGCUUUAGCAGUGCGUCUGUUGCUGUGGGGGCAGAUCACCAGGAUUCUUUAAGGGGCCGCGCACGUCUGGCGUGGCCCAGAUGGCCAGGCUCCUGCGAAAAGCGAACCAGGGGGGGCGUCGACAAAAAGUGCCAAACUGGCACAAACCGCGAGCUGGAGGGGCUCAGCCCCUUUUCCCGUGACCGGGGAACACUUGUCUUUUGGCCGCGCCGCGCAUCUGCGCCGUCUGCUCGAGCACCUGCACAAGCACAAAUGAGAAGUUAGACCACGGGAGGGUCGUAUGGCAUGCGCGGACGUGGAUAAGGUACUGUACGCGCCACCUUUUCUUGUCCGAAUGUG